AUGGAGUCUUCUAAUCUCAGUAACAUUUCUCAAUUCAACUCACAACAUACUCCUUUCAGUAUUUGCRACUCCMUWGGAGAAUUCAAAAAUCCACAGUUGGCAACGCCUGCCUCUCUCAAAGCUUCCCUCGCAGCUGUAAUAACGACUGGAGCCGCUUGUCCUUUUGCUGUUGUUCUCAACUCUUUGGUGCUUUUAGCAUUCUAUAAGAAACCAUCUCUAAGAACCCAAAGCAAUGCCAUGAUUGGURUUAUGGCAGCAAACGAUCUGGUCAAAGCUGGAAUUGGUGGCGCGUUUUUCAUUUCGAAGGAAAUCAAUUACCAAACAGAAAACGACCCGAAAUGUCCUGUUUUGGUAGGACUUUUCUUAAGUUCAACGAUGGCAUCCGACAUCAUAGUUACCUGUAUGAACUUAGAGAAAUUGCUCGCUCUUCGAUUCCCUUAUUGGCACCGCGUUCACGUCACAGCAAGGCGUAUAUUGACCACUGCACUCGUGUCCAUCUKUGCAGUUUUUCUUGCCUCCGUUAUCCGUGUGUUUGACGAAGCAGCGAGGUUUUUUGUGGUGGUGCCGUUUGCAAUAUGCUGUUUGUUAACCUUCAUCUUUGCGAUUUCCAUCUGGAAAGUGAUUUCACAGCGUAAUCGUCAAAUUCACGUUGAAAGUGAACAAACAAACGYACCAAUAUUUACCAGUUCAGAGCGUAAGGCUGCCAAAAUGGCGACGUACAUUGCCGGGAGUCUUCUCUUCACAAGGUUAAUCCCGUUAUUACUGCUCACUACGGUGAUAAGGAACAGUGAUUCAAAGAUCAUUGCAGAACCCUUGCUUCAGGCAUUGUUCCUUUUGAGCGGUUUAAUAAACCCGCUUAUUUAUGGCUUCAUGAACAAAGAUAUCAGAAAAGCCUGUCAUGAGAUCGUCAAGUCUUCAAAUGUUACAAUUAUGCAAGUUCAACCAUAA